CAAGGGGCCCUUUCAUUUCGAAUGGAUAGACCAUUCUCCAAUCUUGCGUUCUAGACUACAGACUGGACUAUAAAAGCAGCCUAUGGCUUGGCCAACUAGCAACAGUAAAGUUAAGAGAACCAAGCCAAGAAGAUGUCACAGAAAUUGAGCGUCGCUUUGGUUGUACUAUUCUGCCUUUUGGCCGUAGGACUUGCCGAGCUGCGUAUUUACCAGCCUGGAUGGUUGAGCCUGCACCAGGAGGCUUCUCUGGCCAAUGUGGGUCAUCUGGUGGAUCAUGUUCCCACUGCAGUUUCGCACCAGAGCUCCACUAUUGUGCAUCGAAGUGCUCCCAGGAUUACGCCUCUACUGGCACCUGCCGUGAGGACCACAUAUCUCCAGUAUCCUUCGUGGAGCUAUCCCCUCUACAAUGGAGCCCUUUACAGAAAAUAAGCCUUAGCACGAAUCUUUGAAUUAAAUUAAACCAUUGGAUCUGAAACAUUUCGAUUUGCACAGAAAAAAAAUAAAACAAAAUUCAAAAACCCCCUAAA